AUGGCUGCGCAAUUUAAUGAUCGAUGUUUUUAUGGCAAAUUGCAUAUCUUAACAGCAAUGAAAUUAUUUAUAACAUUAGGAAUUUUGAUUUCGAUUGGAGUAAUAAUAUUUGAAUUAUUCAAUUUUAAAAAAGCACUUUUUAUAAUGAUUAUCCCUAUUUUUGUUAUUGUAUCAACAAUUAUAGCAAUUAUAAAAAAUUCCUCUAAAUUUAUAUGGCCAAUAAUUGGAAUAUCUUUUUUUCAUUUAUACUUAGCUGCAAAUAUUUUACUUAUAUUUUUAUUUUAUUUUAUUUUUAAACCAUUAUAUAUCAUAAUGGUAUAUAAUUGGGCAUUCAAUACAAUGCAUGGUGGAAAGACAUUUAGUUGGCAAGCAAAAAUAUCUCUUCGUUUUAUGAAUUAUAUUGAAUUAACAAUCAAAUGUUUUGAUGACCAAGAUUCUACUAAAGAUAUUGUUCAAAAGAGUGGAACAGAAAUACUUUCUAUACCAGUAAAUUACUCUAAUACAAGUUUUGUUUCUGAUGAAAUAAAAAGAACAAUCAUGUGA